AACGUGGAAAUUGGAAGGCACCAUUUUCUAUGGGAGUUGCAUAAUUCUGCAGCAUGUGUUUAUAUCCCAUUUCAUUUACCAUGGCGGGAUUCUACUUAAGACGGUCAUUAGGCGUAAACAAGACGAGCAGUGACAACAAAAAAUACCAGGACUUUUUUUUGCUGUUGGACUUGUAGGGACUGCAUCCUACAUUCGAUCAAGGCUAGAUCUUAUUAAAUAUAUACAUAAUUAACUUUUACCGUUAUAUGCAUAAAUUGAAUAAAUCUAUUUAAGUAAUUUAAAGACCUUAAUACCGGCAUUAAAAACAAUACGACUAGAAAUUAACUCUUCAAAGUGCGAAUUAUUUACCUGCGGCGAUAUAACUUUUGAAACACUUACAGAUCUGCCGGGAAUGAGGCAGAUCGUUAAAUCCUACUUCCAACUCCUAGGUGCUCCCGUAUUUUACGAGGGUGUCAGCUCCGUACUACAAAGCAAAAGGCAGGCACUUUCGGGGGUACGGAAGCACCUGGUUCAUCUGUCUGGCCACGUUUCCCUCAUUCUUCUGCGGAACUGUUUCGUUCUCUACUCUCUACCCCGUACCGUGUACACUUUACGAACAUCUCUGACUUGGUUUUUCGAACAGGACCUACAAAGCCUUGACGACACAUUACAACUCAUCCUAGAAACAGUACUGAACGUAAGUUUCAGCGGAGAUCAGUAGCGUCAGUCGUUUUUACCUGUUCGGUAUGGCGGUCUCGGUAUCCGUCGAGUCUAGGACAUCGGCUUGGUGGCUUUUUUGGCCUCGGUACACGGUUCAGCUGAUCUUGUUGGGCGCAUACUUGCAUUAGAGAGCACCAAUAUCUGCAUACCUUUCGCAGCAGAUGCGUUCGCAAAAUGGGCAACAUUAUGUCCAUCCAAGGAACAUCCGUAAAACCCGGCCGUUCAGAGGGGCUAGGAUGACAUCCUCUGCAGGCUACGUCAUGCAAAUUUACAGGCUGGUGCCUCGGGAACUGAUGUGGCACGUCUUAAGGCCACCUCCAAGCCUGAGUCAGGUGCGUGGUUGCACGCCUUGCCAUCCCCUCAUCUAGGCACGCUGCUGGACAAUGAUUCCCUAAUCGCAGGAUCGCAGUGGCCUUAAGGUUGGGGUGCAAGGUGUGCAACGCGCACCGUUGCAUUUGCGGAGUAAUGGUGGAGGAGAACGGCCACCAUGGACUCAGCUGGACGCAGGACGAAAUCGUUCGUCGAGCGAUGCUCUCGGUUGGUGUUCCGUGCCUCCUGGAACCACCAGGGCUGUCACGAACAGACGGCAAACGACGCUGGUUCCAUGGCAGAGAGGACAGUGUCUUAUAUGGGAUGCAACCUGUGUGAGUACAUUUGCUGCAUCCCAUGUAGGACACACUGCUAAGUCGGCAGGCUCAGCAGCAGUGACUGCCGCCAAAAGCAAGCGCCUGAAAUACUCUGCGUUGGAAGCCACCUACGACUUCGUGCCCGUAGCCGUCGAGACAGCCGGACCCUGGGGGUGGGAGGCGCGUGAGCUCUUCCGAGAGCUUGGCAAGCGACUUAGGGAGAAAGGAAAUGACCCACGUUCUGACUCAUGGCUUGUCCAACAGAUCUCCAUCGCCAUACAGCGGGGUAACGCUGAUAGUGUGAUGGGGACCUUUGGAUUGGACCCGGCAUGGCUCAGAACGGGUUUUAGUUUUUAAGGUUUAACUAAUUGUUUAAACAGUCAAUAUGACUUUUCUUUUUUUUUAUUGAAAAUUUUAACCUUUAACAUAAAUAUUUAUAUAUCCAAGUAUCAAUAUCGCUUAACCCGUCAUUACUUCACUGUAGGUAAAUACCACCACGCGCUGACUUGGAAGAGCAGAGCUCGUAAAGCAAUUGUUAAACAAUAGAUCAACAUUAUGGUUCUCUUUGUGCAGUUUCAAGUUGAAUCUCGCCAUGGUAAAUGAAAUGGGGUAUACAUACAACAUGUAUACAUGUUAUCUGUAAGUAAGUUAUUAUGUUACACUUUUACAAUUUACAAAACAGUUGUUGUCAUAGGUAAUAGGCAUAAAAAGGUGAGCUCAAUACAACCAAUGGAAUCGUUAAGUGGUACAAAAAAUUUAUCUAGUUACAAAUAUUUAUUUAUUUAUUUAUUUAAAACUUUAUUGCACAAAAGAAAAACUUAAUGUACAAAAGGCGAACUUAAUGCCAUGAGGCAUUCUCUACCAGUCAACCUUAGGGCAAAGCAGAAAAAAUUGUAGGUGGUGCGUUUAAAACUAAAAUAAAUUGUUAUUGAAAGAAUUAGAGUCCUAAUACACAUAAAUUAAUUAUAAACUUUUACGUUUUUAUGUGUUUGCUACAUAUUUUUUACUUAUACUGAAAGCUGAAAGUGCAUUCGGGUAUUUUGGAAUUAUACUCGAAUGUCAGUUAGUUCCGAAAAUUACCUAAGUCAGUUUUUCAGUCUAAUUUUGGAAUUAUUCAAUCGUACGGAAUUGUUUAGGAUUUAACUGACCUUACUUCGUUUUAUCAUUCAGUACCUAGGCGACCGAGCUUUGCUCGGUUAUAACUAUUUAUUGUAAUAUGGUGGUGUAUAGGUGAUAAUACUGAUAAUCUUAACUACACUUUGUUACUAAAUUAAACUUGUCUAAAACAAUAAAAAUUAAAAAAUUAUAUAUAAACUUGAACAUUUAAAAAAAAAACAAAAGUUAAUCACCGGGCGAGAUUCGAACCCGUAACACUCGUUUCUAGCCGUCCGCGUCUUAACCCGCUGGACCAGACGGACAGUGGCCGGCAACACGAAAUUAGCGACCAUAUUCUGCGUCGAAAGAAAAACGCAUGAAAACUCGAAAACACGCGUUUUCCCAAACAUAAGACUAAUCUAGAUCGAUUGUAUACCCCCAAAAACCCCCAUAUACCAAAUUUCAGCGAAAUCGUUAGAGCCGUUUCCGAGAUCACAGAAAUAUAUAUACAAGAAUUGCUCGUUUAAAGGUAUAAGAUAGGUGAAUGAGACACAAAAAAAAGAGAUUUUUUAUAAAUUAAACCUGUAAAUGUCAUCAAAAUCAUUAAAUGCACAAAAUAUUGCUCGUUUAGUGUUAUAAAAUGAUACAAAGUCUUAAUUCAUAUUAAAAUAUAUAUAUAUAUCAAAUAAUAUAUUAAUUAAUAUUCAAUGGCACGCGUAUAACGUCUAUACUUUGGUGUUUAUUUUUGAGAGAGCACUCCAGGUAUGGUAAGAAAAAACUAUAAUAAAUCUUCGUAGGGGUGUGAGGGGUCCCAAACCAUUUUUUUGCCCAAGGUGGUCUUAUAUAAGGCGGCGCAGGGGCACAAAGUAGUCAUUCACUCGAUCGCUCGCCGAACUAUCGAAGCUCCGAUAACGUCCAAACUUACCUGCUUCGUUUGUUCACGCUGUACGCUACGGUUUAGCGUCACUUUAACAUGGUGCACGAAUUUCAAAAGAAAGUUGCGAAUUACGGCCUCUACUCUUCAUACAUCAAGACCGAAACACCAAAAAUGAUACGCAUUGCACCAGCGCCAGAGAUUAACUAUUCAAAUGUGGAUACACAAGAUAUCGAACCAAAAAUGUACAACUAUAAAAACAACCCCUACUCAGGCGCUCAGGCUGCUUCUAUAGCGCGAAGAAACGCCAGGGAAAGGAAUCGUGUGAAACAAGUGAACGACGGAUUUAAUGCGCUACGGAAGAGGCUGCCGGCUGCUGUUAUAGCUGCUCUGUCGGGCGGGACACGCCGUGGCUCCGGAAAGAAACUAAGCAAAGUAGACACACUUAGAAUGGUGGUUGAAUACAUUAAGCACUUGCAACAACUUCUGGAUGAAAGCGACGUCGCUUUGGGUAUCAAAAGAGAUACGCCAACUACUUCUAUGGAGCUACCUUACGAGGUUGAUGAAGGUAUUUUUGCUGGUCGUAGCUCACCUUAUUCAGAUUCAGUGCCAUCUCCGGCCGGGUCGGAUUGCUCUUCGGGUGUGUCGUCAUCGUAUUCCACUGGCAACACUCCGUGUUCUGAGUACACCGCUCACUAUCACCACGCCACAGAACAAUUUAGUCAAAUGGAAGAGGACGACCUGCUUGAUGCAAUUACCUGGUGGCAACAAAAGUAAAGUUUCUGUAUUUUUAAAAUAGACAAUCAAAUCUAGUCAUAUGUGUAAGGAAUAAUGUUAAAUUAUUUAUUUAUGUAAAUAAUAAGGCUGUGAAUAUCAUCAUACCAGUAAUAGAAGUUGCCACAGGAAUUAUAGAACUAUAAAAGUAGGUAACCGUUGUUAAAUCCUGAAACUUCGAAAUUGUUGCCUCACUGCUUGUAUUUAUUAAAGUAUUAACUAAAUGUAAUGCAGAUUCAAAUAAAAAUAAAAUGAUAUCUAACAG